AGGCGGCGCGGAGACACGGCGGUUGCGGGCAGCCCCCGGCCCGAGAUCGAACCUAACCCAACCCAACCGAGUCGCCGCGCCAUGCCGGCCGCCGCCCCGCCGCCCCUCCACCCCGCGGCGGGCUCCUGCUGUCCCUACGGCCACUGCGCCGGAUGCCGAGGCUUGUUUGACCAUUCAUCACACAAUGCAAGUUCAAAAGUAAAAGAGAGGAAAUUACAAGGGACUUGUCCUCCUGUUGGUCGUGGAAACUAUGGAAAACCAUGUUUGAGUGAAAGCAGUCAUAGGUCCCCAUGUUUUAAUCCCCGGAAUGGUUUUCACACGAUACAUUCAGAGCACAGUCCUGUGAAGCCAAGGAUUAUUACAGUGGUGAAACCUGGCGGACGCACACUCAGAAGGAUAACCUUGCUUCUCAACAGGAGAUCGGUCCAGACCUUUGAACAGCUGAUGGCUGACAUUUCAGAAGCUCUGGGAUUUCCACGCUGGAAGAAUGACCGUGUGAGAAAGCUUUACAAUCUGAGAGGCAGAGAAAUACGAAGCGUUUCUGACUUCUUCAGGGAAGGCGAUGCAUUCAUAGCUAUGGGGAGGGAGCCCCUCACUUUGAAGAACCUGGAAGUGGUAUUACAAGAACUUUAUCCUGAAAAUCCUUAUGCUGCCAGUGCUGCCAUUCAGCAGAAUGAGGAACAGUCCCAAAAACUGAAGAGCAGACUGUAUGACAAGGCUUCAAAAGUGGACAGUGGCUUUGAUGAGACAGAAAUUACCAAGAACUGUGGCGAUGGCAUGUCUCCCAAACUGGUAGCUGGACAUGAAGGAAAAAGUCAAGCCAAGACAAAGCAAGAGGAAAAAAUGAAAACCAAAAAAAAGUGGACUAGAGAGAGCUGGGGUGGAGAGCAAGGAGUGAAGCCUUCUAGAAAAACACGAGAAAGUGAGAGGUACCUUAACCACGAGAGGAGUACCGAGGAGGGAUUAGAAGAGGCUUCAGAGGAGGUGGUGAGGUGUGAGAAGUGUGCACAGGAAAGGCAGGCCAGACAAAAAUUACAAAGGGAGAGGCAGGCUGAGGCCUCAUUUGAGAACAGAGACCUGAACACAGGCGCAUGUCAGAGGUACCAUGUAGAAAGAAAUACAAAAAUCAGGAAUUGCCGAAAAUCUUCAGAAACUUGUCUGGAAGGUGAAGAAGUUGGUUGGAAAGAUAAUGGCUGUAGGAGGACGUGGAAGUCCCUACAUAGGAAUAUUAAUGAAGGGCUGGAGAAGCAAAAAAGGAACAUUGAGAAGGAAAGGGAUGUGGAGAAACAUGAAAACCAUGGGAAGGAAGUAGUGAAAAUCAAGAAGAACGGUGUGGAAGGGCUGCAGCUAACUCAUGAAGCAAAGGAAGAGAACGGAAGUAGCUGCAUAAUGAACCAAAGUGGUUGGCUAAAGAGAGACACUCCAAGGGAUGCUGAGAAACCAUCUAAGGUUUCCACCCAUAGGGAGGGCAGAGAGGGACAAAGGGCUAAAGAGGAGGGUGCCAGAAGAGAGGGAAAUAUCACACAUAGAGAGUGUGACAUGACGCGGCGAGAAAGAACAGGGGAGCGCAGAGUGACUAAAGAAGAGAACAAGGCUCAGGGAUUGGAAAACAUAAGCCGGAGGCACACCAUUAAAACCAGAACUGAUGUGGAAAAACACUAUGAGAUUGGCAGAACUAUUGGAGAUGGGAACUUUGCAGUGGUGAAGGAAUGUCGCCAUUGUGACUCCAAUCAGAUCUAUGCCAUGAAAAUUGUUGAUAAAUCGAAGCUGAAGGGGAAAGAGGACAUGAUGGAAAGUGAAAUUCUAAUCAUUAGGAGUCUCUCUCACCCCAAUAUAGUAAGCUUAAUUGAAGUCUAUGAGACAGAAGCUGAGAUCUACCUAAUCCUAGAGUAUGUCCCAGGAGGGGACUUAUUUGAUGCAAUCAUAGAAAGUGUAAAGUUCACGGAGCAUGACGCUGCUGUCAUGAUCACUGACUUGUGUGAAGCGCUGGUUUAUAUUCACAGCAAGAAUAUUGUCCACAGGGACCUCAAACCGGAGAAUCUUUUGGUUCAGCAUAAUUCAGAUAAAUCUACUACACUGAAACUAGCAGAUUUUGGCCUUGCAAAGCAGGUUACGAAACCCAUAUUUACUGUCUGUGGAACACCAACGUAUGUUGCCCCCGAAAUACUUGCUGAGAAGGGCUAUGGACUUGAAGUAGAUAUGUGGGCAGCUGGUGUGAUCCUUUACAUUCUGCUCUGUGGUUUCCCCCCUUUUCGCAGUCAGGAUCGUGAUCAAGAAGAGCUGUUUCAGAUCAUACAGCUGGGUCACUAUGAGUUCCUUUCCCCAUACUGGGACAAUAUUUCUGCAGCAGCAAAAGACCUCAUAACCAGGCUGUUGAUAGUGGAUCCCCAGAAGCGCUACACAGCACGACAAGUCCUUCAGCACCCUUGGAUCAGAACAGCUGGAAAAACUAACAGCAGAAAUUUGCAGAGGGAAGUGACAAUAAAUAUUGAGCGUCAUUUCCGGGCCCAGCGCCGAAAGGAAGUUGCAGAUGAGGACACAUGAAAUCCCUUCAAGCUCAUUUAGUCGUCUUUUUAUUGAUUAGCAAAUUGUUUAAGUUUUCUUUUCUAAAUGAUUGGGACUUUAGUGUAUAGCUGUUGCUGGCCAUUGCCAUGCUUUUUUUUUUUUAUAAUUUUUUUUAUUCUGAGAUUCUGAAGAAAGACAGAGAUCAAACUUGCAUCCAUCUCCCUCUGAUGUUACUUGGGAGUCUGUCUGUUUACAGCAGAGGGGACUAGAUAUUUCCUGGAAGGUAUCUAUUAUUUUUGUUUAAAUACCAAUUUGGGCUAUUACACUACAAAACGUGUAUCUUUUAGGUGACAGAUGUUUGCUUCUGUGGCUGACAUGAGUGACGACUGUGAAAUGCUUUCUCUUGUCUUUUUUUGUAUGAUACCUUCCAGGAGUUUUGUGUUUAUAAUAUUUUCAAAAUUACUGUCUGCGUACACAUCCUGCACUAAUUCUCUAAACUGUCUUUUCACCAAUUCUUGCUAGCAGUGGAGAAGGUGAAGGAAUAAAAAAAAAAAAGUAAAUAUAUUCUUUAGCUGUAGGAUAUGUUAAAUAAGAAGCAAGACACUAUUUAUUAAGUUGUGAGGGAAGAAAAACUCUUAUAGACUAAAUCAGAUAUUUUAUGAUAUCUCCCUUGGCAACAUCUUUCAUGGGAUGCUCUCAUGGACAGGGCAAUAGACUGUACAAUGUUUAACUAUGGUAGUGCUGUGUAGUAUAGUUCUUCUGGGAAGUAGGAAGCUAAGCAAUUCUAAGGGAACUUUGGUUCUUUUCCCAAAGGUGCACUUACGGAAUGAUAACCCAAGUGGUUUUUCAUUCUAAUUUUUUUCUUAGGAGCCAUCCACAUGCAUCUGUGACUCUUCAGUGCUCAUGGAGAAGAGAGGGCUGGGAAGCUGCUUUUGUGACUUAAGUUAACGCUUACCUUCAUGGUCCCCCUUUCAUCAUCUUCACAGCUGAAUUGCUUUUAUGCACUUUUUCAGUGUAGUUUAACAAUUUUUUGGCUUGGUUUGUUUUUUUUGCCCUGUUCCCUUCCCUGGGGACUCUUUCUCCUUACUUCCAUGAGAAUGGCCAAUGGGAUAAAAUUACAUUAAAAUUCAACUUGGGGGAAAAACAACAACUUGUUGGCUAUGGAAGGGUCUCCCAGGGGAGGUGUCAGAUGCUUCAUUGCAUAUGUUUUUUAUGAUUUGAUUGGAUGCAGUUUUAAAGAAAUCCUGGGGGGGGAAAAUACAGGCCUGAGGAGGGCCGUGACCUAGAACAGCUUUUGAAUCUCAGAAUUUUUGGUUAACUAAUCAAAUCUAAAAAGCACUUGAGUUGUCUGUUUUAUAAUGCUUUGUCCAUGACUUCCAUGUGCUAGCAAAUAAUAUUGAUGUUAAAAUAUCAGUGGUAUUAGCAUUGAAUUCAUAGCUUGUAGAAAUGAAUUGAGGGUAUUUUACAAUUGCAGAGCGGCUGCUCUGCCUAUGUAUUUAAUAAUGAGAAAUGUCUGAAGCAUUUCAGAAUCAGUAGAACAUUUUCAUAAUUAAAUGAACCAGAGUGUCCUUUUUGGUGA